AUGCCUGGCCCCCCUGAGGUGGCCUCAUCUCGGGCGUGGCCCUGGGCUAGCUGUGAAGUUGGCCCCCAGAGGGUCUCGUCAGAUAACCCGCCUGGACCAAAUGGCCAAGCGCUGUCAGAGGAGCGUGGCCGCCCGGGGGUCCGGCCCUCUGCCUGUCUCACCAGUGACCUGGUGGCCGCCGAGGGCCCCGCCCUGGACGGCAGGGGCAGCCUGGAGAAGCCUAGCCUGGAGCGGGACCACCCAGCAGUGGCCUCGCCAGCCCGCCUGAGUCGGAGAAAGGCGCCCGCACUCCGAGGGUCCUGCCUGCAGAGAGCAGGUGCUGGCCCCGGGGGGACCAGGACCUGGGCGGCGGGAGCGGAGGGCGGCCUGCCCACGCCCAGGCUCCGGGAGUGCCCGCGGGAAUGGAGCCCGAGGCCAGGAGUGGCUGAGCACCCCUCCUGUGGCAGGGCCUGGGUGGCACCCCCAGCUGAGCGGAACUUCCAGCAACCGGACAUCGGGGUGUCCCCAUGGCAGCUUGCUGGGGAAAAGACUCAGGAGCAUUCACUUCAGGUGAUGCUGAUGUGGGGGUGCUGUGGGAACGCAAGCCUGGCAGUCAGGGAGGGCUUCGUGGAGGAAGAGGCACCUAGGAGCAGCCUGAAGGAUGAGGGCCGGCAGGGCUUCCUCUCCGCUGGCCGAGGGGUGCUUGCCCCCUCAGAGGCCUAUGCCCUGCCGGUGACCGGCUCCAGCUGGGAGCCCCGCCUGGGCUCGUCCUUCUCAUCAGGCCCUGCUGCCGGAUCCCCAGGGCCACACGCCAUGGCCGAGCCCACUGGGCAGGGUCCCAAGAACCCAUGCGUGUCCGGCGUGACAGUCCAGCUGGAGAUGAAGGGCCUGUGGGAGGAAUUCAACCAGCUGGGCACGGAGAUGAUCGUCACCAAGGCCGGCAGGAGGAUGUUCCCCAACUUCCAGGUGAAGAUCCUGGGCAUGGACACGCUGGCCGACUACGCCCUGCUCAUGGACUUCGUGCCGCUGGACAACAAGAGAUACAGGUACGCCUUCCACAGCUCGGCCUGGCUGGUGGCGGGCAAGGCAGACCCGGCCCCGCCCGGCCGCGUGCACUUCCACCCCGACUCGCCCGCCAAGGGCGCGCAGUGGAUGCGCCAGAUCGUGUCCUUCGACAAGCUCAAGCUGACCAACAACCUGCUGGACGACAACGGCCACAUCAUUCUCAACUCCAUGCACCGCUACCAGCCCCGCUUCCACGUGGUCUUCGUGGACCCGCGCAAGGACAGCGAGCGCUACGCCCAGGAGAACUUCAAGUCCUUCAUCUUCUCAGAGACCCAGUUCACGGCCGUGACCGCCUACCAGAACCACCGGAUCACCCAGCUGAAAAUCGCCAGCAACCCCUUUGCUAAGGGCUUUAGGGAAAGUGACCCGGAUUCCUGGGCUGUGUCUCCGCGCCCGCUGCUCAGCAUCUCUGCCCGGAGCCGUGGCAGCCUCAGUCCGGGCCUGCUCAAGGGCUCCACCGAGCAGGACAAAGACCCCAACAAAGGUCCAGGCUCCACCUCCAGGACCCCUCUCAGGCUCCACCAUCAGCUGCUGGCCCCCCCUGAGGCUCUGCUGGCUCCCGUCACCUGCCGGCCCCUCACCUACCAGGACCUGUACCCCGGAACCUCAGGCCCCCUCAGGGUCCCAAGGGCCCGACCAACACCUUACCCCCUCUCCAAUAUUCAGGCUGACAGGGAUCAGGGGGGCCUCGCCCUCCCGGCUGGGCUGGGGCUCCUGUCCCCUACCACCGUGUGCCUGGGGCGCAGCCAGGAGCCUCAGUGA